AGCAAGCUGCAAUCGUUUUUUGUGAAGAAAAAAUGUUUGGAAAUUAGUAAAACAAAAAGCAUAAAGCCAUUCCGAUAGACUCAUUAUUCAAUUAUUUGCUUUAAUCUUUAAAAGAACUAUCGCGAAUCUAGUUCGAUCUAGCGAACCGCUAUCUUAACGAUGGCCAACAUCAACGAUUUGCCGAAUGAAAUUCUCGAGUUCAUCUUCAGCUUACUUCCGCCCUAUGAACCCUUGGAAAACUGUGCGGGUGUUUGCAAACGAUGGAAUCUGCUGGCCACAAACGUGCGAGCACGAAAGAAAUCCAACCUACAGAAGGGGCUGAUUGAUUUUAAUCUGUGCUGGAAGGAAAUUCACCACGAGUCGACGCCCCGGAUUGCAGCGCGUUUCGCCCAUGCCAGCUCGUUGCAUCGAAACUCGAUGUACGUGUUCGGUGGUGCAUCUUCCUACGACACCACGUUCAACGAUCUGUGGCGAUUUGAUCUUUCGCGGCGCGAAUGGAUCCGACCAAUCUCGAUGGGAACUUACCCGUCCCCGAAAGCGGGUGCAUCGCUCGUUUGUCACAACGAUUUGCUGGUACUUUACGGUGGUUGGCGUCAUGCGUACACACCGUUCCACAUGUGCACACUAAUUGACGAGCUGCAUGUGUACAAUAUAGUGGAAAAUCGGUGGACCAUUCACAAUCAAGCGUUUGGGCCACCGCCGAUGACGGGCCACUCGGCUACGGUGCACCAUAAUCAGAUGGUGCUGUUCGGUGGAUAUCAGAACAACAUGGAAAAUCUUCGCACAUCGAACGAUAUCUGGGUGUUGGAUUUGAAACGACUCGUGUGGAAGAAGCCCGCCGUUUCCGAUCUAAAACCUGCGGCCCGCUACGGACAGUUUCAGAUGGCAGUCGGGGAAGAUCACCUUCUGGUGCUGGGAGGAACCGGAGGCGUGAAUCGGGUGUUUAAUGACGCAUGGCUGCUGGACAUGCAGCGUGACACCUGGGUAUGGAAGCGGGUUCAAAUUAAGAAUAAAAAAAGUACCGUCACUCACAAUUGGUGCUAUCCGGCUUGCAAUGUUGGUUCGAAGGUGAUCGUGUUAGGACCAACGUCUCCGAACGAUUUACAAAUCAUCGUUCCAAGCCGUGUUCCACCCGUGGGCCGGGCACGCCCUAUGGUCGAGAUUCACCGCAAUCGAAUGGGCAUUGCUCAAGGGGUGCACGGUGCUGAACCUAACAUUCCCCGAAACAGCCCACCACAAAGACCCAACUUACCGCCACCUCCGCCAGCACCGCUCCAAGUCGCUUCAGUCCCAGUCCUGCCAGGACCAUCCGCUCCGAGCAAAGAGAGUACUGCUGCCACACCAAAACAAUCAACCACUCCGGUACAAAACGUGCCCGGUGAUGCGAGACCCGGUCCGUCUGGAUUACGAUCGCCCAGCAGUUCCGCUGGUGGCCCACCGUCACGUGCGAUGCCUGUCAUACGAAGUGCGUUUGGUCGCCAAUCGUCCGAAGACGAUCACUUACCGAAACGCUUCAAUCAGCAGAACAUGGAACAGAACCACAUGGCGAUGGUCGCAUUCAGUGUAGACUCCACGAACCAUCAUGCAUCGAUAGCGGCAAGUUCUCGAGAACGACAACUCGAGCGGUUACGAAAGAUGGAAGAGAAAAUAUCAGCCAUGCGACGAGCCAAGGAAGCUGAACAACAGCAGCAACAGCAACAGCGACCAACAGAUCGACCCCUGCCCGAUGAGCAGCGACAAGACGACGCAAAUGAAUCUGUGCAGGCUAACAGAGAUCCUAGCAGCAUGUACGAGUCCGUCAGUACGAGUGGAUCCGAUCCGAUCACACCGAAACGCGUAAAACGGAACGGGCUGGCCAUUUACGUGUGCGAUGUUUCCAAUCUGCUGCCAACGGGCGGUACAGAACCGUGCAUUGAGUGGCAGGAGUCGAAAAACAGUGGUCUUAUAGCGGGAGCCCCAGACCACUACACGUUUUCCACAAUGAUCAACGGUAACGGUGAGGUGAUCGUGUUUGGCGGUUUGAACAAAAACCAUAAAUCGGAAAAUCUAUGCGUUUCCAACUCCGUGCACUUUCUCACCGUCCCAACGGCCGUUGUGUAAACCCUUUUGCGCUCGCAGUGUGGCUUUCGAUUAAAUGCUUAGCACAGUCGUACUAAUAUGUUUUCCCAAGUGAACUACAGUCCAAUAAAUAAAUUCUUUGUUGAAUUUAAAUUGAGAUUAGAUUACCAGCAAAUAGUGUUGGCGCAGGUAGCUCUAUUGAAUGAGUUAAACGAACCGAUCGCGUUACCAGUUCUUUCCCUCGCGUUGCGCUAAGAGGACGCUUAGUUGCGCUGGGUAAUUGUGGGCAAUUCUUUCGCUUACGACCUAACACUAUCGAUAAUAGGAAAUUAAACUGCAACGGAUUGACAACAAUUUUACUGCUGUUUUAAUGAACUGUCAUGCAAAUAGCUAUAUUAUGAAUGUAACGCAAACGGGCAAUAAACUUCGCGAGCAAUCUUUUGCAACAAACAAGGCUUCUCAUUUUUUGUGUCAGAUUACUUUCUCAAAGUUAACAACAUAAAACAACGAACACAAUUUUUUGAAUGCAUUUAA